AUGGCAACUGAGUCACCCAAACAGCGAUCCGAUGAAGCUACUCUGACUUCUCCCGCCGAGCUCACGAUCAACAUCAAUACCGAUUCGCAAGAUGUCGACCUCAACCAACCGCAGGUAAACAGCGAUAUCCCCGCAUCCGCCGUGGACGAGUUUGAGAACAAGCACAUUUCCGAUAUUGUGGACGAUCUGGUGAACUCGACAGAAGUCAGCAUUAGUGGAGGAUCCGACAACGAGGCGACCAGAUCCGAUGCUUCUAAGGGCAAGGGCGACGGCAAAGGCCACGGCCGCGUGUCGUCAUCGACCAAGAAGCCGACAUCCUUCAAGUCGAUCAAUGUCAACAAGACCUUUCUAACGUCCAAGGCGCCGACGCCGGGCGCCCCACCACGCGUAGCCGAGAAGACGGCCGCUACGACGACCACGAUGGCCUCAGCCGCUCCUGGGGCCGCGACGUCGUCCCGGCCCAGGCUAGUUGCCAAGACCGGCAGCGGCUUGGUUUCUAAGGGAUCGGGAGCACAAGGGGGAAAGCCGGCGCCAGACGCGAGUGCGGUCUGGAACAAGAAUCGACCGGUGCCUCCUCCGGAACCGAAAAAGUAUACCGACGAAGAGUUAAAGAAGUAUGGCAUUCAUAUGGCUACCAGGCUACAGUCGGACGCCACCAAGGGCCAAUCGAACUGGGCGGACAUCGAUGACGACGACGAGGAUUGGGACCCCGACACCAUUACGUGGAAGGACGGCACCAAGGUCGCUAUUGCGCUGCCGGAAGAGCCCCCGGCCCCGACACCACCACCACCAGAGCCACUGGUAGCCCAGCCUGUCCCGAAGACAAAAGGCCCCGGCCCCACGACAGCGGCAGCAAGCAACUCGCCGUCUAUCAAACCGGGUGUGCUUGGGUCUGGAAAGGGGCUCGUACUGAAAGGCGCAGUCGAGAAGCCGACACUCGUUGCAAAGCCUCCCCCCCCGCCCACACCGGCCAAGUCGCCAUGGGCUACGCUCCCGAAGAUCGACAAGGUGUCCCCGAUUGUGGCAGAGGCAUCACCACACGGCCCAGGAGGACCACCGCGAUCAGGACCUCCGAGAGAUGGGCCGAUGUACCCUCCACACGGCCAGCCGCCGACGAAGGAAAUUGCGGCGGACGAUUUCAGCCGCGCGCCCUGGCGGGACAGUGGUGCUAGUGGUGUGAACGCCAACCGGGAGCUGUUCAACUCGCAAUCCGGCCGGUACGAGCCGGUGCACGACCGCCGCGGUCCGAUGCGCCAGGAGCAGCAGUACGGACGACAGCCGGCGCUUAUGCAGCGGCUCCUUCAUGAGCAGCAGCAGGGACAUGGUCAUAUGGAGUAUGCAGGGGGCAGUGGCGGUGGUGGUUACCAGGCAGGCAGGAACAACGAGCAGCAGAACCAGCAGCAGCAAGGGCCGUAUGGACGGAGACGUGGAUCUUCCAAUGUUAGUGGCGGAAGCGGUGGCUGGCAACGACCUUUGCACCCGUCCGAGUUCCCCAACGCCCGCCGCCCAUCGAUGGCUGGGGCCAGCGACGUCCCAGGAUCGCCAAGCAGCUUCGCGCCGUCUGUGCUCCAAGGAGGCCCGCAACCACAGCAAGGCUGGCCACCCGGUGUUUCGCCUGGUCCCACGCAUGCGACACCGUAUCAGGGAGGUCCUGGUAGCGCUGAUGGCCGCGGCAUGCCACCACCAGCACAGUCACAGCCUAUCCAGCCGUCGCCAUCCGCGGCCCCGGCCGUUCCCGUCACCGAAGAUGAUUAUGAGUUGCAGAAGAGGCUGAUGCGGGAGCGUCGGGAGCUUGCGAUGCGGCGUCGCCAAGAGGAGGAGGCUAAGGAGGAAGCAGCACGCAAGGAACGGAUCCGCUUGAAGCUGGAGGCACUUGGCCCUGCUCCGGAGUCGAACAAGGCCAAGAAGGCCGCAGCCAAGGACCAACCGCCGGUGCCCGCCGAGAUCCAGUCUCGUGUCUCUGCCACGUCCGAGAAAGCCGGGCUAGAGCCAGCUGAGUCGGCGGAUGGGGAGAGUGAGGUUCCGCGGGUGGUUAUCCCCCAGCCCGCGGCAAAGCAACUUGUUCACUCGCCAAACGGGCCAGCAGCACAACAACAACAGCAGCCACAACAGGGAGAUUCAUCACCCGACAGCGGCGUCGAACCGCGCUUGCCGUCUCAAGGGGGCGCCAGCAAUGCCGGACCUGCGCACGUUUGGGGCUCUGCGCCGAGACAAACCGAGCGCGCGCCCGCGGUCUGGGGCCCUCAGCCGUCUUCGACUAAGAAUGUCUGGGCCGCUCCGAGCACCAACCGAGGGCUUGGGAACGGGACAUUUGCGGCGGACCUUGGCACGCCACCGUCGAUUCCAGCUGGGCCAGGCCCUAUCGCACCGCCAAGCCGAGCCCGCGCUGGUGCUCCCCAAUCGCAACAACCACCGAUUGGACCGCCGAGACAACCGCAGGUUGUCCGGGGAACAGCCACGAGCGACCGAGAGCGUGAGCGUGAAGUAAGCAGCAAUGACUACGCGGCUGCGGUCCAAGCCGACGACGAGAAGUUCAUUCAGGCGCUCAACAGCCACCAAGGCGAGUGGGAGCGUCGCCUACAAGCGGAUGGCCGAUCGACGGCGGCUGCGACAGAUUCGCAGCCAACGAUCAAGGAGACGUGGCGGCCGACCAAGCUGGACGAGACGGGCGCGCGCAUGGGGGGUGCUCCCAAGCAGACGGUUCAUGUCGGACAGGAGAAGACGCCAUCGCCGGUACCCACAGCUUCUGCUUCUGUCUCUGCUCCGGGCUCUGCUCCUGUUUCCGAGUAUGGCCAGCUGGGACAAGGCUCUUCAGUCGCUCCUGUCGCCCCAAUGAUAGGGGCGAGGACGGCUUCGACGCAAGGACGCGGCGGAUCUCGCUUCUUCCCGGCUCGCGACGCUCGUCAAGAAACACGCGAUAUCCGCUUGGAGCCCAGCCAGUCUGACGCGCUUCCUCGUCACAUUUCGCCCUCUCCACCGCCCCCCGAUACAGACGGGCACCCGGCUUUCGACGGCGACGCAUCUCAUCCGCACGUCUCGCUACCACGGCCAUACCCGGUUGUCCGACUGCCGCCCUCCGCCAACACCAGUGAGAGGGGCAGCGCGCCAGGCACGCAUGCGCGCGGCAUUGAGGAACCCAGCAAGGCGCCGACGGGACCGGCCAACCGGCAAGGCCCGAGUUUUGCCUGGGCCUCGCAGCCGGCGUACAAGGACGCCGAAAAAAAUGCCCCACGCUCACCGACAUCCAACGUUAACAACACCAAGCCGGACAAUAAUGGGUGGCAGGCCAGGAUCGACAACCUACUGGGAGGACGGAAAGUGCACGCCUCCUCAGCACGGUCCGCGACAACGGAUAUUCGGCUCGAAAAGCAGCUGCCCACAACGCAGCAACCUACUCAGCAACAACAGCAAGCACAACCGCAGCAACAGCAGAAGCAGCGGCAAAAUGAGCCAGCACGGACGGAGCGCACAGCAGCAGAGGUAGAAGCCGAUAAGUCGGUCACCACCAAGGGGAUGGCGGAAGAGUGCUUUGAAGAACAGGAAAUGGGGUCUCUUCCGCCGAUCCGCUUUCCCAAGACGGUUCCCGAGAUGGCCUGGCAGCCGAGCCCGGCGCCCAAACCGCUCAGCAAGAAGCUCUGGCCUGUGGUGGUCAGCGCGGACCCGCUUACCUUCCCGGCCGACGUUUCGGGUGCCGGCAAUGUGUGGCGCGUGUUCUUACCCGGCGGAGAGGGCAAGACCAUCACUGUACCGUUUGGCCGUACACGGAGUAACCCGCGCCGGGGCGGACCGCGUGGUGGUGGUGGUGGACGUCACAGCUCAUCGGGACAGCCAGGUCGCGGGAAGGGACGCGAUGGUGCGUCUUCGUAUGCUGCGGAGCAACGAUCGAACAAUACCAGUACCAACAACAGCAACAACCACAGUAGCUCGCAUGGUCGGGGGCACCGGGGUGGUGGAUAUCGGGGGCGCGAUAAUUGGUCGCGAAACGGCCCAGCCCAGGUGCAGACUUGA